AUGGCCCACCCAGCAGCCCCUCCAGGCGGCGAGACCACAGUCACAGUCCUCCUAGUAGGAGACCCAGGGUGUGGGAAAACAACCUUCCUAUCAAGCCUGAAAAACAACCCUCGACGACGUGGACAGGUCACCGACAGCUCUAAUGCUAGCCUCGAACUGCUUCGCGACACUGACCAGCCCUUUCUCUAUGAUAUCCACUUUUCAAAGAAAUCCUUCACUCUGGAAAUCUACGACACGGCCUGCCCAAAUCAGCACUGGUCUACGCUCCAGCCAGACAUCGUGCUUCUGGCAUUCGAUAUCUCAAAUCGAGAUACCCUAGCCGGAUUGAAAGGGUGGCGAAAUGAUAUCAUUCGAUACUUCCAGCACGGCGAUGGGGAGCGUAUCCCCGUCAUGAUGGUGGGACUCAAACGGGACCUUCGCGUGGAAGGCGAGGGCAUCAUCUAUCCCCAGGAAACCUACCGAAUGGCGCAAGAGCUGCGCUGUGAUCGUUAUGCGGAGUGUUCUGCGGUCACAGGCGAACUGAUGGCGGAAACGUUCGAGGAUCUGGCGAGACUUGCGGGGAGAAACCAAGGCAACGAUUAA